UAGGCAUGGGACAGGGUGUAUUGAGGGGUGAGGGGCACCCCAAUAAUAACCCCAAUAGCAAGGUGGGCUGGAAGUCACUUGUGGGAAUAAUCACCAUUUUUAUGCUUAUUCUGUGCGACCAAAGCGACGGCAAAAGUCGUAAACCAGCAUUCUUCAUUGAUGUACAGUCAUAAAAAACACCUUGUAUUCUUGCAUAAGAUGGAGUUCAAGCUCAAGCUAUACCAAUGUUUAUGGAAUAUUAUCCCCCGGUUACUAAGGAAAAUCUACAAGGGCUACCUGCAGAUGACUUGUUUGCUACAGUAUGGAUAUCCGAAAUAAUAUAAGUCAGUUCAGUAUGCUUGAGGACUGUACAGUAAUUGAGGGUCACCUUCAGAUCUUGCUUAUGUUCACCAGCAAACCAGAGAACUUCCGAGGGUUGAGAUUUCCCAAGCUCACGACGAUCACAGAUUACCUCCUGCUCUUUCGGGUCUACGGCUUAGAAAGUCUAAAGGACCUUUUCCCCAACCUUACAGUUAUCCGUGGUACUCGCCUCUUUUUCAACUAUGCCUUAGUGAUUUUUGAGAUGGUCCACCUAAAGGAGAUUGGGCUCUACAACCUAAUGAACAUUACUAGAGGGUCUGUUCGAAUUGAGAAAAAUAAUGAGCUUUGUUAUCUAUCUACGAUUGAUUGGUCCAUAAUUCUUGACUCUGUGGAGGAUAAUUACAUUGAGCUCAACAGAGACAAUAAAGAGGAGUGUGGAGAUGUUUGUCCUGGCACAGUAAAAGGCAAGAGUAAGUGCAAACAUACGUUAGUCAACGGAGCAUUGGUUGAGCGCUGCUGGACACAGGACCACUGUCAAAAAGUGUGCCCUUCAGAUUGCAAGGGGAGUGGUUGUUUGCCAGAUGGACAGUGCUGCCACCCAGAGUGCCUAGGAAGCUGCCGCAAGCCUAAUGAUCCAUCUGAGUGUACCGCCUGCCGGCAUUUCCAGAAUGAGGGUGUAUGUGUCACUGCAUGUCCCAAAGGGUCUUACCAGUUCCAGGGUUGGCGCUGCAUUGACUUCAAUACCUGUCAAGAAUUGAACAGCAGGUGCCAAAAUUCACGGGAUAACUCCUGUCCUCCAUACGUCAUCCACAAGGGAGAGUGCAUGCCAGAUUGCCCAUCAGGCUAUAUUGCCAACUCAACCACCCGUACUUGUACACCAUGCGCAGGACCUUGCCCCAAAGUUUGCACCAUCUUCCAGAAUGUCAAGACCAUUGACUCUGUGACAUCUGCUCAAGAAUUAAGAGGGUGCACAGUAAUCAACGGUAGUCUUAUCAUCAACCUCCGUGGAGGCAAUAAUAUCGCAACAGAAUUAGAAGCCAACCUGGGACUCAUAGAAGAGAUUUCUGGAUAUCUUAAGAUCAGAAGAUCAUAUGCAUUGGUGUCAUUGUCAUUCUUCCGCAAGUUGCGUUUAAUUAGGGGAGAAGUGUUGGAAGCAGGCAACUAUUCUUUCUAUGCUUUGGAUAAUCCCAGCCUACGCCAGCUGUGGGACUGGCAUAAGCACAACCUGACCAUCAUACAUGGCAAGCUCUUCUUUCAUCACAAUCCACGACUAUGUCUAUCGCAAAUUCACCAAAUGGAGGAGGUUACAGGAACAAAGGGCCGGCAGGACAAAAAUGACAUUGCCACAAAGACCAAUGGAGACCAGGCAUCCUGCGAGGACAAUUUGCUGACCUUUAACUUUAUAAAGACAUCACAUGAUAUGGUGCUGUUAAGGUGGGAUGCAUACUGGCCCCCUGAUUACAGAGACCUCUUGGGCUUCAUGGUACAUUAUAAGGAAGCCCCCUUCCAGAAUGUGACAGAAUUUGAUGGUCAGGAUGCUUGUGGUUCCAAUAGUUGGACAGUGGUAGAUAUGGAUGCCCCAGAACGAAGUGCUGAUGGCAAGACUCAGUCUCCAGGAUGUUUGCUCCGUAGCCUGAAACCAUGGACUCAGUAUGCAGUAUUUGUUAAAACACUGGUGUCUGGAUCAGAUGAAGGGAGAACUUAUGGCGCAAAAAGCAAAAUUAUCUACAUUCGUACUAAUGAAACCAUCCCCUCAGUCCCUUUGGAUCCUUUCUCUGUGUCCAACUCAACCUCUCAGAUUAUCCUGAAAUGGAAACCACCUUCUGAGCCCAAUGGAAAUGUCACCCACUACCUUGUGUACUGGCAAGAGCAGCCUGAGGACAGUGAUCUUUAUGAGGUGGAUUACUGCAAUAAAGGCCUUAAGUUGCCUUCUAGAACAUGGACUCCUCCCACAGAGAUUGAUGAAAAUGGAAAUGAAAAUCAGACAGAACAUACUUCAGUCAACAAGUGCUGUCCCUGUCCCAAAACUGAGUUCCAGAUCCAGAAAGAACAGGAUGAGUCAGCAUUCAGAAAAACAUUUGAAAAUUAUCUACACAAUGAAGUAUUUAUUCCUAGACCUGUUAGGAAACGGCGUGACCUCUUUGGAGUAGCCAAUGGAACUUUGCCAGACCCAGUGACAGCCCCUCCUCUGUUCAAUGUCUCUUCCACCCGUGCUCCUGAUGAACCAGAGCCCAAGAUAUACUCACAGAAAGUUUGGUUCAAGGAGUCUGUAUUAAUCUCUGGCUUAAAGCAUUUCACUGGUUACCGCAUUGAAAUCCAUGCAUGCAAUCACGAACUCUCCAUGGGAUGCAGCGUGGCAGCAUAUGUUAAUGCAAGGACUAUGCCAGAGGCCACGGCUGACAAAGUUGUUGGACCCAUCACCUAUGAGUAUGUUGAACCUAAUAUAAUUCACUUAAAAUGGCAAGAACCAAAAGAUCCAAAUGGGCUGAUAGUCUUGUAUGAGGUGCAUUACUCCAGAGUUGGGGGCAUAGAGGAAGUGAUCACCUGUGUGUCACAGAAGCAGUAUAACACAGACAAAGGGGCAAAACUCAGGGUAUUAACACCAGGGAAUUACAGUGUUAAGAUCCGUGCAACCUCCUUGGCAGGCAAUGGAUCAUGGACAGAACAGGCCUACUUCCAAGUGCCAGACCACCCUCACAGCAACAUAGUAAAGAUCAUCACUGGUCCAAUAAUUGCAGUCUUUCUUCUCCUUAUUGUCCUGGUGUACUGCGUUGUUCAGAAGAAAAAAGAUGCAGAAGGUCCAGCUGGACCACUGUACACCUCCUCUAACCCUGAAUAUCUGAGUGCAAGUGAAGUCUACAUCCCUGAUGAAUGGGAGGUACCACGUGAUAAGAUCAAUUUGCUUCGAGAAUUGGGCCAGGGCUCAUUUGGAAUGGUGUAUGAGGGAAUCGCCAAAGAUAUUAUCAAGGGAGAGCCGGAAGUUCGUGUAGCUGUGAAAACUGUGAAUGAAUCUGCAAGCCUCCGAGAGAGGAUAGAAUUCCUAAAUGAGGCUUCUGUCAUGAAGGCAUUCAACUGCCACCAUGUGGUCCGUCUGCUUGGUGUGGUGUCCAAGGGUCAGCCAACACUCGUCAUCAUGGAGUUAAUGGCGCAUGGGGAUCUCAAGAGUUACCUGCGCUCACUGCGACCUGAUGCAGAGAAUAACCCAGGACGUCUUGCUCCUACCCUUAAAGAAAUUAUCCAGAUGGCAGCAGAGAUUUCAGACGGCAUGGCAUAUCUUAAUGCUAAAAAGUUUGUGCACAGGGAUCUGGCUGCUAGGAACUGCAUGGUUGCUGACGAUUAUGCUGUGAAAAUUGGUGAUUUUGGAAUGACACGAGAUAUCUAUGAGACAGAUUAUUACCGGAAAGGGGGAAAAGGACUCCUGCCUGUAAGGUGGAUGUCCCCGGAAUCCCUAAAAGAUGGGGUUUUCACGGCUUUCUCAGAUGUCUGGUCCUUUGGAGUUGUAUUAUGGGAGAUAACAAGUUUGGCGGAACAGCCCUAUCAGGGACUUUCUAAUGAGCAGGUCCUAAAAUUUGUCAUGGAUGGAGGUUCACUUGACCAUCCAGAGAAUUGCCCCCCAAGGCUGCAUAGUCUGAUGCAGAUGUGCUGGCAGUAUAACCCCAAGAUGCGCCCGACCUUCUUGGAGAUUAUCGACAUGCUAAAAGAUGACCUACGUCCUAGUUUUCAGGAUGUCUCCUUCUACUAUAGUGACGAAAACAAGCCACCUGAAACAGAUGAUUUGGAGAUUGAUUUUGAGAAUAUGGAGAGCACACCCCUGGACCCUUCUUCCUGUUCAUUACGGGAUCAGUCGAGUCGGACGAACAUCUAUGAAGAACACAUCCCCUACACCCACAUGAAUGGUGGCAGAAAAAAUGGACGAAUACUGUCUUUGCCACGAUCCAGCCCAUCCUAACAUAUAAUGUUCUAAGAUUCUAAGCAUCUUAACCCUCCGUCAAUUCUCAGGACAGAACAAUGCCCAUGGCUAGAACAUCAAACCAACAACACCCUCUUCAGGUUUUGAAUUGUCUCAUUGUCUAACUGGGUUCAUGAAUUUAUUGUCAUGUUUAUUUGUUUUGUUUUCUGACAGUUUUGACAGGCUGAAUAUAGGGCAAAACUGUGAAUGGACAAACAGGAGGAUGGUCUCCAAUCUACACUAGAAUGCCUAUUUAUUUUCAGUGGCUGUUAACCAGCAGUUUCUCAGUGUGGCAUGGAUAUGAGAGGAAGAAGAGGCGUUGAAUCCAUAUCCAAUUUACCAUAAAGCACAUGUGCGCACACCAAAAGAGAAGAAAAAGUCCCUGCUGGUUCAACAUGAUAUUUUUUAAUCUGUGGCGGAUUAGCUUUUGAUGGAUCUUGGUCUCCUGCUAUGGGUUGGCCAAGCCAAAGUGAAGUUUGGAUGUUCAUUGACCUCAGAGUAUUUUAAUCCUGCUGCUUUCUCCGAGAAUGGAUGGAAACAUUUUAAGACUAGACUUGGGCAAUAAGAGAGUCUGGGAAUCUAGGACAAGCCAGAUGUACCUCACAGGGGGAAUAUCUUAACUCGGUGAUAAUCAGAAGCCCUUUCUGUCCAAUUCACCUCUUCAUUAACAUAACCUGCUGAGAAGCUUUACCUACAGUAAAGAAGCCUCUGCUACACUUAGGGUGCAAAAACCGGGCUUCUGAUUUCGACCCCCCCCCCUUCCACUCCACUGAUGGGUGUGGCUUUCCAACUUUGUUGGCAUGGACACUGUAAAGGACAGGAAAACUAGCUGUCCUGAAGGCCAACACACAUUUGGGGUCGGUUUUAUGUUUGUUUGUCAGGUAUGUUAUUGAUCAGACCAAAAAUGGAGGAAUUUCUCAACAUCCUUUUCCUCCUCCCACCUAUUCAAUCUCAAGAUCAUUGUGUAUGAUUUUAACUUGUUUUCCUUCCAUAUGGAGUCACUGGGUUGAUUUAGGUUAACUGCAUUGAGUCAUCGUGCAAUUAGUUAAUAGUCUCUUUUACAAACGCCCACCAAACAAUGGACCUCUGCAGUAUGUGGAGGGUUAUGUAGGUAAGCUAAAUCCUUCAGUAACAGAAAGACCAUGCUGCAAGUUUCUCUGGCAGAAAUAGGGGUAACCUGUUGCUAAUAGCAUCUGUGGUUAAUACAAAUACAAAAGCUUGUUUCUGAGAUCAGGAUUCCUGCCUGGUGUGCAUAAUAUUACAACUAAAUAUAUAGCAGAUGCUUCUUUGCUAUAUACAAAUAUAUAUGUAUGUAUGUUUUGUUUUUUACUGUUUUAGGUUUUGUCUUAAGAUAUAGUAUUGGUCAGAAUUCCUCUUAUGAAAAGUCUAGAUUUAUACACAGCUCUGUCAGGUUAACCCCCCCCCCCAAACAAUAUUUUAAUAUUCAGAAUCUUGGUAAGGUCAUUCAAGGAAAAAAAGUAUGUUGGGCCUUGCUUUGCUUGUUGUCAAUCUGCUGCAUAACUGGUAUCGGCCGGAUUAGACUCUUACCGGGUGCAUGCUAGCAGUUAUAGUUCAGUAACUAGUUGUUUUGCUUUCUUGUCAUACUCUUUAUGAUCACAGUAGAAGGAGGGAGGAAAGUUUGCGCCAAUGCUUUUCUAUAGAUGUGACUACACAAAAGCACAGAAAUAUAUAUUGUAUAGAACUUUUGACCAACUCUAAAUAAUUUUGUCUUAGUGUUCUUUUUAUCCCAUCUGUUUGUUGUGCUCUGUUUCCCAGCAUCCUUAGCCAUCUGAUAGAUAAAGGUAAUGGGGAGUUGCAGUUCCAGCUGGAGGGCAACAAGCUCAGUAUGCAAACUUUGGAACAUAACUACAAUGUGCCACGUUUUGAAAACCUACAGUAACCGUUUCUCUUUGUGCCAGACUAUCAAAUCCACUUUAACCCAUUUUGAUAAACUGGGACUUUUUACUAGGCAAUUUGUUUUUAAACUGAGAUUUGCAUAAUUACAGCAUUGGAAUACCUGACUGAACCAGUGAAUCAGUUUAUGGUAGAAAUGUGAUGGGUGGAAUUAAUGUGUAGUUUAUGAUAACUUCUAAGCUGUCCCUCCAAAUCAUUUUGUCUCUGUAAUUUUGCCUGAGGUGCAUCUUUGUGUAUGCACACAGACUUUUAACUGUGAAAGGAAGCAGGACUGCAGGCUGGUAUGUCCGAAAUGAUCUAUAUUUAUAAAUAUAUAUAUAUGUGUGUGUGUGUUUGUAUUUAUUUGUUUGUCUUUUUUUUCCUAGCAUCUAGAUGCCCAGAAAUGAAUAACCUUACUGCCAUUCACUUUUUAGUAGAGCUGUUUUCAUUAUUUAAGUAAGUCUCUGUUGCUUUUUAUAAGCCAUCUUUAUAUCCCACAUACUAGCCGUAAUAACUUUCUAUAAUGUAAUUUUAACCCAUCCCUAUAACACCACAGAGCUCCCUACAACAUUCAAUUUCACUUCUUUAUAAACCUUUUUUUGCAGCACCUUUGCUUUUGGUGCCUUCUAUAAUAUCCCCUGCUAUUCUGUACUGCUUGGCACUCACAUCUUUGCUGAAACUAAUUAAGGAGCACCUUUUUGUUUUUCCUAUACCUUAAUUUUAGUACCAUGAAGGUCAGUAUACACCCGUUUUAAAUACAAGCCAAAUAAAUAGGGG